AUGACGAGCAGGCCGGUGAGCACCCAGCGCUCCUCUGCAUGCAUCCCCCUGCUGCUGGUGCAAGACCCUGAAAAGGAGAUCAUACGAAUGGAAAGUGGGGAGAGCAGGGCACUGUACCUGCCAGGGGCCGUGGCACUGUGCAACAUGAACAACAGCAGCAACAAGGAGCAAGAGGAGAAAAACAAACGGAACAAGGGAAAGAAGGGCAAGACAGAGGGGAAGAAAGAGAAGAACAAGGACCCAGACAAGAAGAAGAACAAAGACAAGAAGGAGAAGGACAAGAAAAAGAAGAAAGAAGAGGCAGAGAAGAGCGAAGUGAAGAAGGAAGCGGAGAAGAGAGAGGUCCUGGUCAUCGACCCGUCCGGGAACACCUACUACCGCUGGCUCUUCUGCAUCACGCUGCCCGUCAUGUACAACUGGACCAUCAUCGUUGCCCGAGCCUGCUUCGAGGAGCUCCAGUCAGAUUACUUACAGUCCUGGCUCUUCUUCGACUACUUCUCGGAUGGGGUCUACCUGGCCGAUAUGUUUGUGCGAACGAGGACAGGCUACCUGGAACAGGGGCUGUUGGUGAAGGAAGAGCUCAAGCUCCGAGAGAAGUACAAGGCCACCGUGCAGUUCAAGCUGGACGUGCUGUCUGUGGUGCCCACAGACCUGCUCUUCCUGAAGCUGGGCUGGAACUACCCCGAGCUGAGACUCAACAGGCUGCUCAGGGUCUCCCGCAUGUUCGAGUUCUUCCAGCGGACGGAGACCCGGACCAGCUACCCCAACGUCUUCCGCAUCUCCAACCUGGUCAUGUACAUCGUGAUCAUCAUCCACUGGAACGCCUGCGUCUACUACUCCAUCUCCAAGGCCGUGGGCUUCGGUGCCGACACCUGGGUCUACCCCGACGUCCGGGACCCCGAGUUCGGCCGCCUGGCCCGCAAGUACGUCUACAGCCUCUACUGGUCGACGCUCACCCUGACCACCAUCGGGGAGACCCCGCCGCCCGUGAGGGACUCCGAGUACUUCUUCGUGGUGGUCGACUUCCUGAUCGGGGUGCUGAUCUUCGCCACCAUCGUCGGCAACAUCGGCUCCAUGAUCUCCAACAUGAACGCGGCCCGGGCCGAGUUCCAGGCCCGUAUCGACGCCAUCAAGCAGUACAUGCGGUUCCGGAACGUCAGCCAGGACCUGGAGAAGCGGGUCAUCAAAUGGUUCGACUACCUGUGGUCCAACAAGAAGGCGGUGGACGAGAGGGAGGUGCUGAAGUACCUCCCCGACAAGCUGAGGGCCGAGAUCGCCAUCAACGUGCACCUCGACACGCUCCGGAAGGUGCGCAUCUUUGCCGACUGCGAGGCGGGGCUGCUGGUGGAGCUCGUCCUGAAGCUGCAGCCGCAGGUCUACAGCCCCGGGGACUACAUCUGCAAGAAAGGGGACAUCGGGCGCGAGAUGUACAUCGUCAAAGAGGGCAAGCUGGCCGUGGUGGCCGACGACGGGCUCACCCAGUUCGUGGUCCUCAGCGACGGCAGCUACUUCGGCGAGAUCAGCAUCCUCAACAUCCCGGGGAGCAGGGCCGGCAACCGCCGGACCGCCAACAUCCGGAGCAUCGGCUACUCCGACCUCUUCUGCCUGUCCAAGGACGACCUGGUGGAGGCACUGACCGAGUACCCAGACGCCAAGGCCAUGCUGGAGGAGAAGGGGAAGCAGAUCCUCUUGAAGGAUGGGCUGCUGGACCUGACCGUCGCCAACGCGGGGAGCCACCCCAAGGACCUGGGGGAGAAGGUGUCCCGGGUGGAGGCCGCCGUGGACGUCCUGCAGACGCGCUUCGCCCGCAUGCUGGCCGAGUACGAGUCCAUGCAGCAGAAGCUGAAGCGGAGGCUCGCCAAGGUGGAAGAGUCCCUGAAGCCACUUGUCCCGGCCCAGUUGCUUCCUGACCUCGACGGAGACCCGCCGGAGCCCUCCCGGGGCUAA